AUGGCUUCCCGUAGCGCUGGGACACUCAUAACUAACUACAAUGCGACAUACAUCCCUCCUGCCUUAAUGCCAGGGUACCGUGGCUUUGUCCCUACUGUAAAUUUCACAUAUGGUGAUACCUAUGGAAACACCACCAGGAAGUACUUCCAAGAUUUCCGCCUGUCAGCUCUGAAUUCAAGUCAGAGUCCUUAUAGUAAAGGAGGGCAAUUCCCAACCAUUUAUUCCAAUGAUCCCUCUCUUGUAAUAGCAGAUAGGUCCCACAACCGGAAUAGAUGGCUAUAUGCCCCACAAUGGUCCAGGAAUGACGUGGAUUUUGACAGGAAUGAAGAACUGAAAAAGUUUGACAAGCUGGCCCAGCAGCACCGGGAGAACUACAAGGAUAAGACAGGCACAAUACCCAGAGUGGACCAUUUUGUGAUAGCUGGAAGAGAGGAGGACACAUUCCUUCGUUUACCGAAUAUUUUUCUGCAUUGUCCAAGGCUGGAUGGUGGGACGCUAUUUGGUGCUCAUGGGCCAACGUCACAAUUGCAGUGCAGUCCUCAAAGAAUGACUGACUACCAGGCAGGGUAUGACCAAAAAACCUAUUUUUGUGAGGACCAAUAA